CCCACAUUAAUUUAUUACUCUUUAUGAUAGCCAGGUGAGGUAAUCUUAGGAAUGGCCCAAUCAUUUACUUAUUCAACCCAAUUUCAAAGAAAUGUGCACUAUUUGUUUAUCAUUUUCUAAAACCUUUUCUAGUAUAUAGGACCAUGAAGUAAAGGUAAGUAGGUCAGUGUCUUCAUUUUGGAAGACAUUUUUGUCUUUAACUUCUGAAAUAAUUUUUUUCUUUUAUAGAGGGCUCUGACCAGCCUGUUGGCAAUUCUAUGUCAUUAUCAAAAAUCAAAUGUCGACGGAAGUUAGAGAAACUAUACUCAGAGACACGUGAUUCUUCCACAAGAUUUGAAAACAUACAGUAUGGCACAGAAAAAAUGAGAUGCUCCCUUUCCUUCGUCUCCCCUCUGUGGUCUGUGCCUCUGUGUUUGUCUUUUAAAUCUAGGCAUUUCUCACUGGGAUUAUUAAUCCCAUCGUCUCACUUUCUUUCAGACAAAAGUAAAAGGCACUAUGUCCCCCUUAAUCGGAGUCUCGCAUGUACAAUGCUUGGCGGUCAAUGCAAAACUACAUGCAGUGAAAAAGAAUUUAGGAUGAUAGACUGUAAAAGACCGACAACUAUUUGCUGCAUGAGAGAGUGUGACCCUAGGACGUAUUGAAGAGUCCCAUUCGCAGAAAGAAGACCAGCAUGAAGCGCCUUCUUAUUACUUCAUUACUUAGAUUACUUCAUCCACAGCCUAGUAUUUCCGUUCAUAUAUGUCUCUAAUAAAUAAAGAAUUAAAUAAAAUAUAUUUCAGCCUGAAUCAUUCAUGAACAUUGUGUCUGCUUGGAAGAAAGAGUUAGAAUACAGAGGAGAGCUUUGAACUUGGGAAUAGCAGCAGAUGGGAGAGAAGUCCCUGAUGGAACUACUGUGUUCAAUGAGGUUCUGGGGACAAUUCUAUGUGUGAAAAGCACGUUGUAAAUGAUUGGUGAUGUAAAGCAAGCAUUCUUCGAGAAGAGUCAAGAGUGGAGAGAGAGGUUUUAAGAGAUGGAAGGUAUGUGUUAUCCCUGAGCUAGUGAAAAUGGUUACAAGAGUUUUGAAGUAUUACGGAGUCCUUAUAACUUUUUCAUCUUAGUUACACUUUUCCUCUGCUUAUUGAUAGAAUUCUUACAGUAAAAAUAAUUCAAGAGCAUAGCCAGUCUUUUGAGAAAAAAAUAAGGCGUUA